AGCACGCGGAGCUGACCAAGGCACACAAGCAGCUGGAGGGCGAGCACGCGGAGCUGACCAAGGCGCACAAGCAGCUGGAGAAGGCACAUGGCAAGCUGGAGAAGUCGCACGCCACGCUGACGGAGUCGAGCGCGGCGCUGGAGCAGCAGGUGGCGGAGUGGAAGACCCGCGCCGGGAGCCUGGCCGCUGAGCGCGGCGCCGUGUCGGAGCGCCUUGUGCGGCUGGAGGGCGAGCACGCGGAGCUGACCAAGGCGCACAAGCAGCUGGAGGGCGGGCACGCGGAGCUGACCAAGGCGCACAAGCAGCUGGAGGGCGAGCACGCGGAGCUGACCAAGGCGCACAAGCAGCUGGAGGGCGAGCAGGCGGAGCUGACCAAGGCGCACAAGCAGCUGGAGGGCGAGCACGCGGAGCUGACCAAGGCACACAAGCAGCUGGAGGGCGGGCACGCGGAGCUGACCAAGGCGCACAAGCAGCUGGAGGGCGAGCACACGGAGCUGACCAAGGCGCACAAGCAGCUGGAGGGCGAGCACACGGAGCUGACCAAGGCGCACAAGCAGCUGGAAGGUGGGCACGCGGAGCUGACCAAGGCGCACAAGCAGCUGGAGGGCGAGCACGCGGAGCUGACCAAGGCACACAAGCAGCUGGAGGGCGAGCACGCGGAGCUGACCAAGGCACACAAGCAGCUGGACGGCGGGCACGCGGAGCUGACCAAGGCGCACAAGCAGCUGGAGGGCGAGCACACGGAGCUGACCAAGGCGCACAAGCAGCUGGAGGGUGGGCACGCGGAGCUGACCAAGGCGCACAAGCAGCUGGAGGGCGAGCACGCGGAGCUGACCAAGGCGCACAAGCAGCUGGAGGGCGAGCACGCGGAGCUGACCAAGGCACACAAGCAGCUGGAGGGCGGGCACGCAGAGCUGACCAAGGCGCACAAGCAGCUGGAGGGCGGACACGCGGAGCUGACCAUGGCGCACAAGCAGCUGGAGGGCGAGCACACGGAGCUGACCAAGGCGCACAAGCAGCUGGAGGGCGGGCACACGGAGCUGACCAAGGCGCACAAGCAGCUGGAGGGCGAGCACGCGGAGCUGACCAAGGCACACAAGCAGCUGGAGGGCGGGCACGCGGAGCUGACCAAGGCGCACAAGCAGCUGGAGGGCGAGCAGGCGGAGCUGACCAAGGCGCACAAGCAGCUGGAGGGCAAGCACGCGGAGCUGACCAAGGCACACAAGCAGCUGGAGGGCGGGCACGCGGAGCUGACCAAGGCGCACAAGCAGCUGGAGGGCGAGCACACGGAGCUGACCAAGGCGCACAAGCAGCUGGAGGGCGAGCACGCGGAGCUGACCAAGGCACACAAGCAGCUGGACGGCGGGCACGCGGAGCUGACCAAGGCGCACAAGCAGCUGGAGGGCGAGCACACGGAGCUGACCAAGGCGCACAAGCAGCUGGAGGGCGAGCACGCGGAGCUGACCAAGGCGCACAAGCAGCUGGAGGGCGGGCACGCGGAGCUGACCAAGGCGCACAAGCAGCUGGAGGGCGAGCACGCGGAGCUGACCAAGGCGCACAAGCAGCUGGAGGGCGAGCAGGCGGAGCUGACCAAGGCGCACAAGCAGCUGGAGGGCGAGCACGCGGAGCUGACCAAGGCACACAAGCAGCUGGAGGGCGGGCACGCGGAGCUGACCAAGGCGCACAAGCAGCUGGAGGGCGAGCACACGGAGCUGACCAAGGCGCACAAGCAGCUGGAGGGCGAGCACACGGAGCUGACCAAGGCGCACAAGCAGCUGGAAGGUGGGCACGCGGAGCUGACCAAGGCGCACAAGCAGCUGGAGGGCGAGCACGCGGAGCUGACCAAGGCACACAAGCAGCUGGAGGGCGAGCACGCGGAGCUGACCAAGGCACACAAGCAGCUGGACGGCGGGCACGCGGAGCUGACCAAGGCGCACAAGCAGCUGGAGGGCGAGCACGCGGAGCUGACCAAGGCACACAAGCAGCUGGAGGGCGGGCACGCGGAGCUGACCAAGGCGCACAAGCAGCUGGAGGGCGAGCACGCGGAGCUGACCAAGGCGCACAAGCAGCUGGACGGCGGGCACGCGGAGCUGACCAAGGCGCACAAGCAGCUGGAGGGCGAGCACACGGAGCUGACCAAGGCGCACAAGCAGCUGGAGGGUGGGCACGCGGAGCUGACCAAGGCGCACAAGCAGCUGGAGGGCGAGCACGCGGAGCUGACCAAGGCACACAAGCAGCUGGAGGGCGGGCACGCGGAGCUGACCAAGGCGCACAAGCAGCUGGAGGGCGAGCACACGGAGCUGACCAAGGCGCACAAGCAGCUGGAGGGCGAGCACGCGGAGCUGACCAAGGCACACAAGCAGCUGGAGGGCGGGCACGCAGAGCUGACCAAGGCGCACAAGCAGCUGGAGGGCGGACACGCGGAGCUGACCAUGGCGCACAAGCAGCUGGAGGGCGAGCACACGGAGCUGACCAAGGCGCACAAGCAGCUGGAGGGCGGGCACACGGAGCUGACCAAGGCGCACAAGCAGCUGGAGGGCGAGCACGCGGAGCUGACCAAGGCACACAAGCAGCUGGAGGGCGGGCACGCGGAGCUGACCAAGGCGCACAAGCAGCUGGAGGGCGAGCACGCGGAGCUGACCAAGGCACACAAGCAGCUGGAGGGCGGGCACGCAGAGCUGACCAAGGCGCACAAGCAGCUGGAGGGCGGACACGCGGAGCUGACCAUGGCGCACAAGCAGCUGGAGGGCGAGCACACGGAGCUGACCAAGGCGCACAAGCAGCUGGAGGGUGGGCAAGCGGAGCUGACCAAGGCGCACAAGCAGCUGGAGGGCGGGCACGCGGAGCUGACCAAGGCGCACAAGCAGCUGGAGGGCGGGCACGCGGAGCUGACCAAGGCGCACAAGCAGCUGGAGGGCGGGCUUGCGGAGCUGACCAAGGCGCACAAGCAGCUGGAGAAGUCGCACGCCACGCUGACAGAGUCGAGCGCGGCGCUGGAGCAGCAGGUGGUGGAGUGGAAGACCCGCGCCGGGAGCCUGGCCGCUGAGCGCGGCGCCGUGUCGGAGCGCCUUGUGCGGCUGGAGGGCGAGCACGCGGAGCUGACCAAGGCGCACAAGCAGCUGGAGGGCGAGCACGCGGAGCUGACCAAGGCGCACAAGCAGCUGGAGAAGGCACAUGCAAAGCUGGAGAAGUCGCACGUCACGCUGACGGAGUCGAGCGCGGCGCUGGAGCAGCAGGUGGCGGAGUGGAAGACCCGCGCCGGGAGCCUGGACGCUGAGCGCGGCGCCGUGUCGGAGCGCCUUGUGCGGCUGGAGGGCGAGCACGCGGAGCUGACCAAGGCGCACAAGCAGCUGGAGGGCGAGCACGCGGAGCUGACCAAGGCACACAAGCAGCUGGAGAAGGCACAUGCAAAGCUGGAGAAGUCGCACGUCACGCUGACGGAGUCGAGCGCGGCGCUGGAGCAGCAGGUGGCGGAGUGGAAGACCCGCGCCGGGAGCCUGGCCGCUGAGCGCGGCGCCGUGUCGGAGCGCCUUGUGCGGCUGGAGGGCGAGCACGCGGAGCUGACCAAGGCGCACAAGCAGCUGGAGGGCGAGCACACGGAGCUGACCAAGGCACACAAGCAGCUGGAGAAGGCACAUGCAAAGCUGGAGAAGUCGCACGCCACGCUGACGGAGUCGAGCGCGGCGCUGGAGCAGCAGGUGGCGGAGUGGAAGACCCGCGCCGGGAGCCUGGCCGCUGAGCGCGGCGCCGUGUCGGAGCGCCUUGUGCGGCUGGAGGGCGAGCACGCGGAGCUGACCAAGGCGCACAAGCAGCUGGAGGGCGAGCACGCGGAGCUGACCAAGGCGCACAAGCAGCUGGAGGUCGAGCACGCGGAGCUGACCAAGGCGCACAAGCAGCUGGAGGGCGAGCACACGGAGCUGACCAAGGCACACAAGCAGCUGGAGAAGGCACAUGCAAAGCUGGAGAAGUCGCACGCCACGCUGACGGAGUCGAGCGCGGCGCUGGAGCAGCAGGUGGCGGAGUGGAAGACCCGCGCCGGGAGCCUGGACGCUGAGCGCGGCGCCGUGUCGGAGCGCCUUGUGCGGCUGGAGGGCGAGCACGCGGAGCUGACCAAGGCGCACAAGCAGCUGGAGAAGGCACAUGCAAAGCUGGAGAAGUCGCACGUCACGCUGACGGAGUCGAGCGCGGCGCUGGAGCAGCAGGUGGCGGAGUGGAAGACCCGCGCCGGGAGCCUGGACGCUGAGCGCGGCGCCGUGUCGGAGCGCCUUGUGCGGCUGGAGGGCGAGCACGCGGAGCUGACCAAGGCGCACAAGCAGCGCACAUGCAAAGCUGGAGAAGUCGCACGUCACGCUGACGGAGUCGAGCGCGGCGCUGGAGCAGCAGGUGGCGGAGUGGAAGACCCGCGCCGGGAGCCUGGCCGCUGA